GCAGGAGGACCACCCGGGGGACCACCCGGGGGACCACCCGGAGGACCACCCGGAGGACCACCCGGGGGAUCACCCGGAGGACCACCCGGAGGACCACCAGGGGGACCACCCGGAGGACCACCCGGGGGACCACCAGGGGGACCACCCGGGGGACCACCCAGGGGACCACCCGGAGGACCACCAGGACCAGAAGGUCCGCCAGGACCACAAGAUCCACCAGGACCAGAAGGUUCACCAGGACCAAAUGGCUCAUCAGGACCAUCCGGCCCACAAGGGCCACCCGGUCUGCAGGGAUCAGCUGGUCCACAGGGACCAACUGGCCCCCCUGGUCCCAGCGGACUACCUGGGACAGUGGGUGUGCCUGGCCCUCCGGGAUCAGCUGGACCAGGACCAGCUGGUCCACCAGGACCACCUGGACGUCCUGCAUGUUUGGACAACCACUCCAAUGGACUGGCCACAUCCGGCCCACGGGACCGCUAG